CCCCCGCCCCCCAGCCUGGGCCCUCUCCCCCUCUCCCUUUCUUCCUGCCUCGCCUUCCUGCGGCGAAGGAGGCUCAUCUAUUAUAAAUGCACAUUCGGGGCUGACAUCAGCGGAGCGGCGGGAGAGCGCCGACGAGCGGCCCCUGCGCGCUGCCCGCCCGGAGCGCGGCCCCCAGGCUCAGCCGAGCGGCCCGCGGGGCUGGGGCGCGGGGCACGGGGAGCGCGCCCAGGGCUGCCCGCGCCGCGCCCGGCCGCCUCCCGCCUCCCGCCGCCGCCCCCGCACCGCCCCGGACUUCCUGCAUGACUGUCACAAAGAUGUCCUGGCGCCCACAAUACCGCAGCUCCAAGUUCCGGAAUGUCUACGGGAAGGUGGCCAACCGGGAGCACUGCUUCGACGGUAUCCCCAUCACCAAAAAUGUGCACGAUAACCACUUCUGUGCCGUCAACGCCCGCUUCCUGGCCAUCGUCACCGAGAGCGCAGGAGGCGGCUCCUUCCUGGUCAUCCCCCUGGAGCAGACGGGCAGGAUUGAACCCAACUACCCCAAGGUCUGUGGUCACCAGGGCAAUGUGCUGGACAUCAAGUGGAACCCAUUCAUUGACAACAUCAUUGCCUCGUGCUCAGAGGACACGUCGGUGCGCAUCUGGGAGAUCCCGGAGGGGGGCCUGAAGCGGAACAUGACAGAGGCUCUCCUGGAGCUGCACGGGCACAGCCGGCGCGUGGGGCUGGUCGAGUGGCACCCCACCACCAACAACAUCCUUUUCAGUGCAGGCUAUGACUACAAGGUCCUCAUCUGGAACCUGGACGUGGGUGAGCCAGUGAAGAUGAUAGACUGCCACUCGGAUGUGAUCCUCUGCAUGUCCUUCAACACAGAUGGCAGCCUGCUCACCACCACGUGCAAGGACAAAAAGCUUCGAGUGAUCGAGCCCCGCUCUGGCCGCGUCCUGCAGGAGGCAAAUUGCAAAAACCACAGAGUGAACCGAGUCGUGUUCCUGGGAAACAUGAAGCGGCUUCUCACGACGGGGGUCUCCAGGUGGAACACGAGACAGAUCGCCCUCUGGGACCAGGAGGACCUGUCCAUGCCCCUGAUCGAGGAGGAAAUUGAUGGGCUGUCAGGCCUCCUGUUCCCCUUCUACGACGCUGACACCCACAUGCUCUACCUGGCUGGAAAGGGAGAUGGAAACAUCCGGUACUACGAGAUCAGCACUGAGAAGCCCUUCCUGAGUUACCUCAUGGAGUUCCGCUCCCCUGCUCCACAGAAAGGUCUAGGGGUCAUGCCCAAGCAUGGGCUGGACGUGUCGGCCUGCGAGGUGUUCCGCUUCUAUAAGCUGGUGACUCUCAAGGGCCUGAUCGAGCCCAUCUCCAUGAUCGUGCCCCGGAGGUCGGAUUCCUACCAGGAAGACAUCUACCCCAUGACACCGGGCACGGAGCCAGCUCUGACCCCUGAUGAAUGGCUGGGGGGCAUGAACCGAGAUCCCGUGCUGAUGUCUUUGAAGGAAGGCUACAAGAAGUCCUCAAAAAUGGUAUUUAAGGCUCCCAUCAAAGAAAAGAAGAGCGUUGUGGUCAAUGGAAUAGAUUUAUUAGAAAACGUCCCACCCAGGACAGAGAACGAGCUCCUCCGAAUGUUCUUCCGGCAGCAGGACGAGAUCCGGCGGUUGAAAGAGGAGCUGGCCCAGAAGGACAUCCGCAUUCGGCAGCUGCAGCUGGAGCUCAAGAACCUGCGCAACAACCCCAAGAACUGCUAGCUGGGGGCGCGGGGCCUCCGUGCCAUCUCUCCGCGGUCCCUCCGCGCCCUCACUUCCCCCUCCCCGGCGCCCCCAGAGACAGAGCCGGGACUGGAGCGGGGGACACCUGGGGACCCCACCUGCCGCCUCGGGGACUGGGAGCUGGCCUUGACCUCUCGACCUCACGCUAAGAAAGUCCCCAGCCUCUCCUGGAGACCCCCCUCCGCUGAAGGCCCCCCCCUUUCCCUGCCACCCCGGAGGAGCCUCGGAGGGACAAAGACCACGGACUCCCCAGCGAGGGCCCUCAGUGGACCAGGGAGCAGAAGGGGAAGCCAGGACCCCAGCGGAUGGAGACCUUGAACUCUUGCCCCUGCCAGGGGGCUGCGGGGGCAUCCGGGCACUCGGGCCUGCAGGACCGCGCAGUGAGGGCUGACACAGGCCUGGGCUGCUCCCCUCCCCGCAGCGCCCCCCUUCCCUGGCAGCUCCACAAGCCUGACUCACCUGACAAGGGUUGCAAGCAGCCCAGCUCCUGUCUCUUGCCCCCUCUCUCUUGUCUUCAGGGAAUUAAAAGGAUUGCUCACCAAGGCCAUAAUGACCCCUUGCCUUCCCAUGAUUUUCUUCAAAGCUCUUGGAACACCCCUUCCCCCUUCUCCCCAUCCCCCCUUUAAUUUGUGAGGUAGGCAGGGUAGGGAAUAGUGUCCCCAUUUUACAAAGGACAGAACCAAGGGUUGCAAUGGCAAAGUGACUUACUAAGUCACCCAGAAGGUUAACAGUUGACCCAGGACCAGGACCCAGCGUGUCCAGACUGCAGGCCAGGGCCCCUCCCACUGCAUGGAGAUGCCAAUCCCAGGGAAGGGGGGGGCCUCCCCAGUGCCCAAGUCUCUGUGGGGAAUGAGAACUGGAAGCCACUGCUACCAUCUGCCCAACACCAGUAGUGCCAACGUGUCACACUGCCCAGUUGAGGCCCUUCCCACUCAGUGCCCCUGUACCCUCCUGGCCCCCAUGCUCUGCUCUCACUCCCCGGGGGACUCCUUCAGAUGAGGCCCCUUCCUCCUGGAAGCCGAGGCUGAGGAGGGUGGAGCCUGGCCCUGGGGAAGGCAGAGCCGGGGUCUGAUGGCUUCGAGGGAUGCUCUGUGCGUGUCUCUCGCCACUUCCGUCUCAGCCACUUUCAGCCUUACACUUACUUGUAGAACGACCACAGCCCCUCACUCCGUAUAGCACUUUAAAGUUUACAUGGUUCUUUGACCCGUAGGAUCUCAUUUGAGCCUCAUAUCUGCUCCAAGAGGUAGGGAGCACUCUCUAUUUUGCAGACCAGGAAACCGGAAGUGGCCCAAGGCCACAGGACUCUUUGAGACGCCAUAUUUCAUUUGGUCUUCUACACGUUUUCUUUUUUGUUUCCUUCAUUCCCCAUGACACACAGAAUCUAUAAACACUGCUAUCAGAAAAGUCACAGUCCGGGGGUGAGAUCUGGCCUGGGGGUCAAGAAAUGGGUGUCCACUCCUCUGUCAUUAGCUAGGAUCUACUAGACGCAUUAUGCCCUACACCUGCUCUUUCCAUGUGGCCACCCUGCAGCACAUCCAUCCACAGAGGCUGGGGCUCCUGAAGCCCCUCCAGGUAACCUGGGCGGGGAAAGCCCCACCCCUCAGGCUUUUCCUCCAAGAACCCUCCACCCUCUCAGCCAGCUAACGUGGGGCCUCAUGGCCCUCCACCCCCUGCCGCUAGACAGUGUCAGCUCUCAUCUCCUCCUCACACUUCUUGACCUUUUUUUUCUUCCCCAUUGACCGUUGUGGUCUUCUGUGAUUAUUUAUGCUGCCUCCCAAGGAUAGAAUUGAAAUAAAAUCGUUUUCAACUUACCAAA